CUUUCAAUCAAGAACCCAAUAAUUUAACCCCAAAACAUAAACAUUACUUCCUUUUUUCUUGGUUACACAAACACAAUAAACAGUCACAGUUAAUUCACAUUGCUUGCAUAUAAAGAACAACAAACGCUCAAACAAACACACACCAACCACUUCCCAGAUGGCUACACUCAAAACAAAACACGACAUUCACACGCUCCUCUUUCUUACUGCACUCAUAUUUUUCCUUUCCACACCCACCUCCCCUGCAGACAACACAAACUUGAUCUACAAGGGUUGCGCGGACCAGAAACUGCAAGAACCCUACUCGCAGAAUCUCAAACCCCUGUUAUCGUCCUUGGUGGCAGAGUCUGCGCAAAAGGGUUUCGCCGCGACUACGCAGAACGGGCUCACCGGCGCGUACCAAUGCCGGGGAGACCUCACCGGCUCCGACUGCCACAGCUGCGUGGAACGGAUUCCGGACAUGCUGGGUCGCCUGUGCGGCGAGGCCGCUGCGGCGGCGCGAGUCCAGCUCAGCGGGUGCUACCUGAGGUACGAGGUGGUCGGGUUCAAGCAGGUUGCGGCGACGCAGCUGCUGUACAAGGUGUGCGGGGCCCGCAGGGUGGUCGACGGUGGGGGGUUCGAGGCGAGGAGGGACGCGGCGUUUGGGAUGGUGGAGAACGGCGUGCAGAGCAGUGGGAACUUGUUCUACACCGGGAGUUACCAGAGCCUGUAUGUGUUGGGACAGUGCGAGGGUAAUUUGGGAAAUGCAGAUUGCGGGGCUUGUAUCAGGAGUGCUGCGGAACAGGCUAAGGAUCAGUGUGGCUACUCCAUUUCCGCGCAGGUUUAUCUUCAGAAUUGUUACAUCAGUUACAGCUUUUACCCCAAUGGAGUUCCCACUUCAUCUUCUUCUUCCUCAGGAUCGGAGGGAGGAGGGCAUCCACACACGGAGAGGACGGUGGCGCUCGCGGUGGGUGGGGUGGCGGCUCUGGGAUUCUUAAUUGUCUGCAUGCUAUUUCUGAAGUCGGUGUUAAAGAGAAGACAUGGGAAGCGUUAGAAUCAAUCACAGUAUCUUAAGUUUUAUUUGUUCUGAUACUUGUUCUCAUUCUCACAAUUUUGUUCUUCUUCAAAGUUGUUUUGAUUCUAAGAAGUGUUUAUAAAUAUGAUAAGACUGUUAUUUUGAUGAA